GGACGACCACGGACUCGGCCAUUAGCGACUGAAAACUGCAAUAAGCUAGGCUUCUCGACGUCUUAGGAUCGUCUCGAGGCAGAUCUCGAUGGUGUGCCAUGUAAAUCAUCUCACGCCCGACUCACGGGACUCUAGAGACAUAAAAGGGCGCUCUCCCCUCCUCGAACCUAGCAUGACGGCCAUGACCAAACACACCCCGACACAUCAUCAAACAGCAUUUGUAAACCAUGGCACCUCUUCUUGGACUGCUUCCUCUGUUACUUCUCGGAUGGAUCCCUUCCACCAUUGCGGGCUCUCUCCGCCCGCGCAUCUUGGCCGACACCAACAGAGAUGGAGUAGUCACCCAGCUCGACGAUGCCGACAAGCAGCGCUGGACAGCUCGCCGAGGAGCCAUCUUCCUGCCCAACAUUGGAGACUCAUCCCACCGCUGUCCCAUGGCCGACCUUACCGGCAAACCCCUCUCCAACCAUGAGCUCUCCCGCUGCCACGACUCUUCCGGAGACCACCUGCUGCCGUCGAGCGCACAGUAUGCUGCUCCGCUGCUUACGCUGCCACUUUCGGACGUCUCCGAUGAGGCUGAAGGCUGCAUCUACAUCGAGCCGGCCCAUGCCAGCAACCGAGUCCGUUUGUUUUGGAACGAGACCGACAUGAUGACGGGCUACUCGAGCGUCUGGGCCGUCGUUAACCGGCAGAUCACCUUCAACGCCACGACUUUACGCAAGGGCAUCUCUCUUGCUCUGGACGGACGCGAGCUCGUGACCGACUCGAAGGUUUGGGAUGGCUCGAUUAAGGUUGUGUUCGAGGUGACAGACGGCAACCGCACCGUUCGCGACUCCGUUGCCAUGAAGCAGGCCCCCGUGCUGUUGCAUCACCAUCUGCAGCGGACCGAGGUCGUGCUCAGCAGCGCCGCUGGGGACAACCAAACCGUCGGAUCGCGCUGGCAGGCUCACUUCCUCCGCGGCGUGGAGGAUGCGGUGAGCGGCGACACGCCCAUCGUGUUGUUUAACCAAAGCACGGACCGGACCGACAUCUGGGCGCAGGACUUCCUCGAACCAGGCUACGCCAGCAUGCCCGGCCCAGACGGACCCGUCUCGAUCCGUGUACUUCUCCGUUCCGCCCAGUCCGGACGCGAGUCCGGGCGCCAGGUCUUCUCCCAGCUCCGCAGCGCUGGAAUCGGCGGCUUCCAACCAGGUGCUGGCUCCGGCUUCGGCUGGGAAGAGAUCAAUUCCGGCGGCAACAUCGAGACCAUCCCACCCUAUACCUCGCGCUCGGGCAAGCGCUGGCCAAACGGCCGCAUCGUCAUGGGCAACCACUUCGAGACACCCCCAGCCGAGUCUAUGACCACCUUCCUGCGUAGCCAAGGCACCCAAACCCCGCUCUUCAUCGAGGCCGGCUGGCUCGUAAUCGGUCACGUCGACGAAAUGGUGCAGUUCCUGCCCACCAACGCCACGAAGCUGGGCUUCACCAUCGCCAUCGCCGACACCGCCGCCGCCAUUGACCUUCUUCGCACCGCCAACGCCUCCGGCCACGGCGACGUGCCCUUCCUCUCCUAUACCGGCGAUGCCACCCCAGACGAACUGACGCUCUUCCUCGACCCAGCCCUGCUCUUGCCCAACACAACCAUCGCCACCGUCCUCGCCGACCCGACCUUCCACAAAACCCAAGCCUACGCACAGAAGUACCUAGACCAAAACUUGCGCACCCUCCUCCGCGAGGUGCCCCUCCAAGAGAAAGACAUCCUCCGCGUCCCCACCCUCUUCAAGGACGCCACUUCGGACCCCUGGAUCCACUUCCCCACGCCGGACGGCCUGCCGCCCAGGAUCAGCACGCCGCGCGCGGGGGAGAAGCAGCUGAAGGCGAUGGUGCCGCAGGCGCUGAACGGGCUGGUGCUGGGCAACGGGAAGUAUGUCGCGCCGCAGCAAUGGGGGCCUGUCGUCGAGGGAAGGGAUAUCUUUGCUGAUUCGGUGGAGAAGAUCUAUGGCAGCGUGGGCAUGCAGGUGAGGUGGGUGGAUGAUUAUAUGAGCCAUCAUGUUCGCGGCGGGGAGGUGCAUUGUGGGACGAAUGCGCUGAGGGAGAUGGGCAAGUGGUGGGAGACGGAGUAGGCACCACCUUAGGUAGUAUUGGUGGUUGAGGAGUAGGCGAUGGAGGUGUGGAAGUCAAUGAAGGGUG